CACGUGAUUGUCAGAGUCGGUGUAUUCAAUCUUAGUCUUGGAUUGAUGCUUUGCCUGUUUUGAUGGCUCGUCGGAGUCCAUAGUGAGACUUCUUAUAAACGUCUGAAUUAGUGUCCGGCUCUUUGAAAGGAUCAGCUCUAGCGUUUAGCUCAGUGCGGUUGUUGCCUGUAAUUCAUUGGUUUCUGGUUGAGGUUCCACACUAGACCUUUACCCAGGCUGUAGCCACCUCAUCAUAUGGUACGGACCUAACCAGAGAGACAGAACGAGAGAGGGAGAAGAGGAGGGAGAUAAUAGGUCCUUUUCCUAUUUWUGCCUGCCUAUUGACUAGCUACGUUUGUAAAUCCUCUGGGCUGUUGUGUCGAAGAGGCCUGAUCUCAGCUGAACUUGUUCCCCAAACUGCACUCCCCUCAGUGGGGUUGGUUGUGACCCAGCUCCAGGGUACAUCCCACCUCACGGCAGGCUUUCCUUUCCUGAGCAGCAGCAGCUGUGUCCUGCCUGCGUCCUGCCUCUAUUUCCUGUCCUUGACAGCAGCACCAUGACCUCUAUGUCCAGCCUGUUCUCCUUCACCAGUCCAGCUGUGAAGCGUCUGCUGGGGUGGAAGCAGGGGGACGAGGAGGAGAAAUGGGCUGAGAAGGCUGUUGACGCCCUGGUCAAGAAACUGAAGAAGAAGAAGGGAGCCAUGGAGGACCUGGAGAAAGCCCUCAGCAGCCCAGGGCAACCCAGUAAGUGUGUGACCAUCCCUCGGUCUCUGGACGGUCGUCUCCAGGUAUCCCAUCGUAAAGGUCUCCCCCACGUUAUCUACUGCAGAGUGUGGAGGUGGCCCGACCUACAGUCUCACCACGAGCUCAAYCCUCUGGAGGUGUGUGACUACCCCUUCGGCUCCAAGCAGAAGGAGGUCUGCAUUAACCCCUACCACUACAAGAGAGUCGAGAGCCCAGUGCUGCCUCCGGUGUUGGUGCCUCGCCACAGUGAGUUCAACCCCCAACACAGCCUCCUGGUCCAGUUCAGGAACAUGACUCACAACGAGCCCCACAUGCCCCUGAACGCCACCUUCCCAGAGUCCUUCCAGCAGCACAGCGGGGGCAGCGUCACCUCCUUCCCGAUCUCCCCCAACUCCCCUUACCCUCCCUCCCCAGCCUCCAGCGGAGGGGUGGGCACCUACCCCAACUCUCCUGCCAGCUCCGGGCCCUCCAGCCCCUUCCAGCUUCCAGGUAGAUCUGAUACCCCACCCCCGGCUUACAUGCCCCCCGACGAGCAGAUGGGACAGGAGGGGUCCAUGGAGACSAGCAGCAGCGUGCCCAGGAACAUGCCUAGUGGGGAUGUGCAGCCAGUGGAGUAUGAGGAACCGAGCCACUGGUGCAGUAUUGUGUACUAUGAGUUGAACAACAGAGUGGGUGAGGCCUACCAUGCCUCUUCUACCAGUGUUCUGGUGGACGGCUUCACCGACCCCUCCAACAACAAGAACCGCUUCUGCCUGGGGUUGCUCUCCAACGUCAACCGCAACUCGACCAUAGAGAACACACGCCGCCACAUUGGCAAAGGCGUCCACCUGUACUAUGUAGGAGGUGAGGUGUAUGCAGAGUGUCUGAGUGACACCAGUAUCUUCGUUCAGAGCCGAAACUGUAACUACCACCAUGGUUUCCACCCCACCACGGUGUGUAAGAUCCCUAGUGGCUGCAGUCUGAAGAUCUUUAACAACCAGGAAUUUGCUCAGCUACUGGCCCAGUCUGUGAACCAUGGCUUUGAGGCUGUCUACGAACUGACCAAGAUGUGCACCAUCCGCAUGAGCUUUGUAAAGGGCUGGGGAGCUGAGUAUCACAGACAAGAUGUCACCAGCACCCCCUGUUGGAUAGAAGUGCACCUUCACGGCCCUCUGCAGUGGCUGGAUAAAGUGCUGACACAGAUGGGCUCUCCUCUCAACCCCAUCUCUUCAGUGUCUUAAUGGUGCCCCCCAUACCAGACUCUCGACCCCAUCUCUUCAGUGUCUUAAUGGUGCCCCCCCCCCCCCAAGACUAGACCAGCCAGGCUGGGAGGUUCUUUUACACAUUUUUAAAAAAACAUUUAUUUUUAUGUUUUAAUGAGUGAAAGGAGAUGUUAAAAGGCUGAACUGUUUACAGUAUCUGGCUGCAGAAGGGAUGUUGAACCCAGAGCAGCAGAAUUAAAGAAAGAAAAAUGGAGGCUACAAGCAGAAGAUAAAAGUAAAACCUACAGAAGAAUAUUCAGAGUAGCGGCACAAAAUAAUGGACAAAGUACUGCUCUGAGUCAUCCACUACCAACCAUGUGCUUAUUCUAUUGAGAGUAGUAGGACUGGAAAGCAUUUACCUUACUUUAUAUUUUUAAUAUUUUUUUUAAGGAUUUUUGCAUAAAAUGUUUUAAUGAUUUUCUUUUGGUAUUUUUUCGGUAAGAAAAUAAUGAAAUGUAUAUCACUACUACUACAAAUUUACCACAGUCAAACUACUUGUAAUUUUACUUUGCAACCUUUUUUUUUUCUUUGCCAUGUUUUCUAAUGCCAGGUAUUUUACAUCUUAAGGUAUAGAUAUCAUUAUGUUUACUAUUAGACUCAGAUCUCAUGUUUCCAUUUUAUAGUUUCUAUCACUAGAAAAACUUGAGUUACUGCCAUUUUUAAAUAAAGUAUGUCUAACUGAUAACUAUGAUAUGAGUUCAUUACUGAAUGUUUUGAACAGGUGACAAAGCUAGAAACAUCACACUUCUCAGAGGAGAACUCAUCAAUAAAGUUGUCAAUGAUG